GGCGUCAUGUGACAUUUCAUACAUCACGACGUUCGCUUAUUUCUUAAAGGACAAAUUGGACAACGAUAAAUAAAUCGACAUUAAUCCGUUCAAGCAAGAUGGUACGGCAUUAUGUAAAAAAAAAAGAUUGUAGAACCUAAUUACACGGAAGAAAAACUGGAGAGGGCUCUUAGUGAGAUAAGAGCCCAUACUAUGACAGUUAACAGAGCUUCCAAAGUAUAUAAAAUACCAUUUUCAACGCUAUACUGCCGUUAUAAGGGUACGAGAGGAUUAAUAAAAAAGUCGAAAGGCAGGACAACUGUUCUCCCUGAAAAUAUAGAAUACACUCUAGCUACCUCAGUGAAAACGUUGGCUAAGUGGGGUUUCGGCCUAAGCAGAAAAGAGAUAAUGGAAUUGGUAGGGCAAUAUGUUAAAAUAAACAAUUUAAAAACUCCUUUCAAAGAUGGCGUUCCAGGUGAGGACUGGUUCCUAGGAUUUAAAAGACGCCAUCUUUUGUCGAUCCGGAAGCCUGAACCUUUGGAAUACUCCAGAAAAAAAGCUGUAACUGACCCCUUUAUAAUUUUUGGAUAUUUCGAUCUUCUUGAAAGAACUCUCACUGACUUAAAGUUAAAAGAUAAGCCCCAAAACAUAUGGAACCUUGACGAAAGUAGCUUAAGUAUUGACCCAGCAAGAACAAAAGUUGUCGGAGAAAAAGGCCGAAGUGUGUCUAGAGUAAUCAGCACUACAGGGAAAGAAAACACAACUUUUAUUUUAGCCGCCAAUGCCGUUGGUCAUAGGAUUCCACCAUUAAUCAUCUUUAAAGGUAAAAAUAUGUGGGAUCAAUGGCGAGCACCUACAGACAAAGAAUUUCCAGGGACGGCUUACGCCGCGAGCCCGAAUGGUUGGAUGGAAACAGAGAUUUUCACUAAUUAUUUCAAGAAGACCCUUAUUCCAGCUCUUGGCAGUGAACGACCUAUGUUAGUGCUAUAUGACGGUCAUGCCACACAUUUCUCUGUUGAUCUUGUGCAAACAGCGAUGGCCAAUGACAUAACUAUUCUUAAAAUUCCAGCGCACACCAGCCAUCGUCUGCAACCAUUGGAUGUUUCUGUCUUUAAAUCCUUUAAAGCAAAUUGGGAUGAAACAGUAACAAAAUGGCAACGGCAGCAUAUUGGGCAGAGAUUGCCUAAAUCUUUAUUCUCUCAAUAUUUAGGGGAAACUUGGAUUAAAGUUUCCGAAAGUUGUAUAGCCAAUGGGUUUAGCAAGGCUGGAAUUUAUCCUUUUAACCCCAACGUAAUUCCUAGAGAUCAUUUUUCCAAAGAAUCCCUGGAACGCUGGGAAAACUCGCAAGUAAUGGCCAAUCCUAUGGCAUCAGUAUGUAGCCUUCCUUCGAUCUCGUCUUCUCGAGAGAAUUUCUAGGAAGAAGCCCUGGAAAACAGAGAUAAUUUGCAAGUUUCUUCGAUUUCAUCGAUGACUGGUGAAAGCCAACGAACAUCUGGCAAAAGCAACUUAGAACACUCUUCAAUAGAAGGCAUAAUUUUAUCUUCUAUCCAUCAAAAACGUUUACCACCGAAGGAAAGGAAACGGAAAGUUUCCUUUCCUUCAGCUUUCGCUCAGGUCAUUACUUCUCAUGAAAUUCUUGAAGCUCUACUAAAAGAUGCAGAAGAGAAGAAAAAUAAAAACAAAAAAGCCAAAAGAAAGAGAAAUAAAGACAAGAAAAAUAAAAAAAGAGCAGACAGCGAUAGUACAGAUUUAGAAUCGGAAAUUGUCUAUGCUGAGUCAGGUGAAAGUGAUUUUUCUGAAUACUUGCAAGGAAAUGAUCCGCUGUGUUCUGGGGAAGAUGAUAUAUUACCUUUUGAGGGGGAAGAGCCACAGCCACAGUUUCUACAGCAAGAAGAUCCGAUGGAUAUUGAAAAAAAUUCAGACAAAGAAAAUUUAGAUGAGGAAAAUUUAAACAGCAUCAGGAAGGACGAUUUAGAUUUAUCUUUACAUACAGGCAAAUGGGUGAUAGUGAAAUACUCCUUAAAGAGGUCAAAUAAAUAUUAUGUAGGUAUCAUAAAAGACAAAAUCGACGAUUGCUGGGAAGUUCAAUAUGUAAGACGGGGCAAAAAAGCUUUCAUAUGGUCGGAGGUUCAAGAUUUUGACUUAAUUGAUACAGGUUGUAUAAUUAAAAUUUUGCCUAACCCAAAAAUGACGAAACGGGGCCUUAUAACCUUUGAUUAUGAUUUCAAAAAUUUAUCGAUUGUUUAAUUAGUAUGUAUUUAAUUUUAAGAAAAAUUCAUAUCUCCCUAAUUUGUUAUCCUAUUUUCUUCAAAUAAAAACCAAAGUGUAGAGCC